AUGGUGGCCACAGGUGAGCAAAGUAGAGGCACAGCACCGGUGCUCCCAAGUGUCCGCCAUGCACUGUUUAAAAGCCAUGGGACUAGUUUCUUCAACAAAACUGCACAGGAGGACUGGAGCAUACAGCAGGUGGACAUUGAUGAGGAUUCUGAUGAAAUUGCAUUUGAGCCAGAGUUUAAUGUGAUCACACCAUAUAUUCCUCCUGUAGUUGAAGAUGCUCUCCCAGCACCUACAAUAAUUUCAGUUGUUAAACCAAAGACAAAGAAACAACGGAAGAAAAAGUUUGUUGCUGUGGAAGAAGACUCAGAAGAAGAGCCAGAGCCAGUUACCCGUGAAAAGCCUUUAGUAGUGAAAGAGGAGAUUGUUCUUCCAAGAAUCCCAUUACCGCCUCGACCACCUCAACCCCCUCAACCCAAGCCUGCACAAAAACCUUUUGCUGUGCCUCCACGGGUCCCUUCUCCAGCGCUUCCAUCGUUCCUCCAAGAAUUUCUUAACAAAGAGUGGUUUAAGCAGCUCUAUCCCGAUAAGAAGAACAUCCCUAUCAACCUAAGUCCUGAUUCAUUUAGCCUACAACUGGUUGAGUACUUAUGCACAUGCAAAGCUCCAUUUAAGCCUGAGAUUCUGUCAGUAUUGGAAACACUGCACAGACAGAAACUCUUGCAAAAUGAAGAUCAGCUUUACCAAAAACUCCUUGACACAGUGCCAAAAAUGGUUACACCUAACAUGGGUGCCGGUGAACAGAAUAUGCUUGGUCAACUGUUGAAUUUCUUGAUGUAUCUGAAAUCUGUAAACAAUGAGCUAGUGAAAACUCUUCUGACGCUCAUAGCCUAUAAAGAGCUGGGCAUAAGAGAGAGAAUGCUACGUAUGCUGAAAUCUUUAGGUGUGAAUGAAGCUGAGGAGUGGUUGUGGCCAGAGUUGGAGACGUGGGAGUCAGAGCUUCUUAGCAAGUCCAACAUAUGGAAAAGUCUUUAUAACUUUGCAGACUGCUGGCUAAAUUUGUGGGCCACCAAAUAUAAAGAUCAUAUCAGGGAUCUGUUCCUCAGGAGUACAAAAGAAUGGACGCCACCAUUAUUUACGGCUGUGGAUAUUGUCAAUUACUUCUGCUCUGUACGAAAAGAGCAGUAUCUUAAAGCCAAACAAGCUGCACCAAGGAUCAAUAACACAGUGCUUUUGCCACAUGACUGUGUAUCUGGUGCAAUCCAGCGUCUUGGGGAAACUUAUAGUAUGGCAAGAACACGGAAACCCUCAAACCUAAUUCUCCCUCCUCUUCGAGACCGCCCAUUCCUAUUGGAUUUCCCAAACUAUAUCUCUUUGCCAUUGCCUCAUAUUAAGCUUUCUCCCUUUUACUUAGACUCAGAGAAGGAUCAUCUGAAAUUUUUAGAUCAUCGUUACUACAUUCUGGAGAAGUCACAUGUGGGAUACUACAGAUGA